CAGUUAGUACUCACUCUGAAAUAGUAGUAUUUGAAAGCCAUGGCUACUUCCUUACCCCAAACCCUAAUCUCCUUCGAAUACGACUUCUACAAAAAGCCGUGGAAUUUCAACUCCAUAGGCUUGGAAGGCGACGCCCACUACCUCAAUGACACCAACUGCAUCCGAUUGACGAAAACCGACAAGUCGGGCAAGGCGCUCCAGCACAGUGCCGGGCGAGCCGUGUACUUGGCCCCAAUCAAAUUCUGGGGAGACGGGAUGCAGAUGGACUUGGAAACAACCAUGAAAUUCAUCAUCAACCCCAACAGCGGUGACACUGACCCGGGCGACGGAUUAACCUUCUUCAUCGAGCCCGUGGGCGCCCCCAUGGGUUCCAAUGGCGGCAGCUUCGGAGUGUUCAACCCGUCCGGCAAGAAGCCCAACACUUUCGCCAUCGAAUUCGACAUCUACGUAAACACAAAUGAUCCGAGCUACCGCCAUGUUGGGAUCGACUUUGAAUCGACUGAUUCGGUAGUAACCAUGGAGCUCGGCGACGCGCUUCUCGGGCAGGAGGUGACCGCCCGCAUCGGCUACAAGGCAGCUACGAGUGUGAUAAGCAUUAACGUCACCAUCGGCUCAAAGACUUAUGAGAUGAGCUAUGUGAAAGACUUGAGUACCGUUCUUACGCAGGAGGUUCAAUUCGGAUUCUCGGCCGCCACCGGCGACCGAGUCGCCGUUCACGACCUCAUAUACUGGUCUUUCACCGGCGGUGAACCCGUCAACACCGUAUAAUGUAUGCCGUGAAUAAGGACUAGCGAUCGAGCGAGUAUGCUCUCGUUAAGUCUAGAAAUUUAAUAAGAGGUUUAUGCUCAAUCCCUUGGUUGUGUAUUCCUAUAUCACCUCAUUAAAAUAAAACAAGUUAUGAUUAUGUUUA